AUGGAGUCGACGCCGAUUUGUCGGUGCCGCGUGCUAUACCUCGGCUCGGCGGUCCCGCAACAGAGCAAGGACGGCCUGCAAGGAAUCCAAGAGCCCUUGCGCGAGCUUUAUCCGGAAAAGGGAGCGACCAGUGGCGGAAUUGAUUCGUGGCUGUCCGUCUGGUCCAACGGGAUCCUGCUGGAGAAUGUCGACGAGAGUGGCUCGCGGGUGGCGAGAUUCUUCCCCAUAUCGAGUUUGCAUUACUGCGCGGCCGUUCGCCGCGUGAGUGUCGAGGGUGCGCCGAGAUUCUUACCCCUAGACUCGCCAUUCGCCAGGGCCCCCGCUCCUCGGCGGCCGCCUUUGUUCGCGGCAGUCCUGCGCCGCACUCAGGGCAUAAAGGUACUGGAGUGCCACGCUUUUAUUUGUCGCCGCGAGGCGGCCGCGAACGCGCUAGUGCGGUGCUGCUUCCACGCUUACGCGGACAGCUCGUACGCGAAACGCUUGGAGGCCGAGAGGUCGCCCUCGCAGCUGCCCCCCGAGCCGGAGGAGGAGCUCGAGGUCUACGACGGGGAUGAAAACCACAAGGUUUGGGUCGGGGAAGUGGAGCGCGAUGACGCGAGCGACGACAUCCCGCACCCGACAAGGGCGCCGCGGCCCAGACAGAUAACGCGACCCGCCUCCGUGCCGCCCCCGCCGCCGCCGCCUGAGGAGCCCAAGAAGAAGUCUACCACGAAGAAGAGCAAAAAGAAAUCAUCUGCGUCCGCCGAUGAGCUGUACGCCACAAUGCCUGGGCCCGCUCCGAUGAUGAAUGGGCGGUCCUUGGGACGGGCCCCGCCGGCGUGGGCGGCCGCUCACCCCAUGGUGUUGGUGGCGCAUCCCGCGGCCACCUUACCCCACGCCAGGCCGGCGACGUUGGGCCAUAGGGGGCGCGUCCCGGCCGCCUUGGCUCCGGGUCCUUUCCCGCUGUACCGCCUCCGGGCAGAGGUCGCCUGCAAUACGCCACGGUCGACCCGCGCCGUUCGAAGCCACCGCCGACGGCUA